AUGGAAAAAAUUGAUGAGGCCAAAAAGCAAUUAGAUUAUGUUAAUUCGUCAUUAAAUACAAUAGAUCACAAUUUUACACGUGAUGCGCUGUCCUUUAAACUCUGGCAUGGAUAUAUGAAAAUUUAUCAAGUAGAAAAGAGCUAUAACUUGGCCUAUGAGCACUAUGAAAAGGCUAUACUUUUAAUUCACACUACAUAUGAAAAAAAUAUCUACUAUAAACUGCAACUUGUUGAGUUUAAUCUUGAUGCUUUUGAUACUUUAGUUAAUUAUAAUGAACAGAAAGAAGGUAGGCAAAAAUUGCUCGAAGUUAUCAACGUAGUCACUAAGCAGUUCGGUGAGCGCCACAACAAUGUUGCAAAAGCCUAUUCUAAAUUAGGCAUUUUUUAUUUGAAUCAAGAAGAAUACAAAUCAGCUGAAUUAAAUUUAUUAAAAGCGUAUGACAUAUAUGAACAAUUACCUAAAAUUUAUAUUGAUUAUUUAAUCACAUUGAAGAAUUUGAUAAAAGUUUGCCAACAUUUCAAUAGUGGACGCAAAUUAGUAUUCGUAGAGAAGUUUUAUCAACAUGCGGAAAAAAUUCAACCAAGACUAUUUCCAGAUGCACUUACGUAUUUUUUAGAUUCAAUAGAGAACUUAGUCGCUAUUCGACCAAUUUUAUUAUCACAGAUCGAUGAUAUAUUGGCCAAGGUAGCUAAUCUUAAUUUGUCAUAUCCAGUAAAAGAGAUUGAAAAUUUAGAUUAUAAAACUUUAAAAGAAAUGUUGAAAAUUAGAGAAAUCGAACAAAGGUGUUGCUAUGUACAGAUUAUGGCAUAUUAUAGAGAAAUUCAAUUUACUGAGACUCUAAGUAAACUUGUAUCAAACUACGGUUUUAAAACUGUUAAGCUAUCUAGACUAUUAAAAAGAGGGGAUACUAAUAGACCUAAUUUGAUUGCAAUGAUAAAUGAUUAUUCCGAAUUAAUAAAUGAUGGAAAACUCUUAUUAAAUGAAAUACAUACACAAGUAGUGCCUAAAGACGAGCUGGAAAUUGCUUUGCUGCUCAAUAUUGAUAAAGUAGAAUCUACAUUUGAUAAAGAACAAUAUUUGAGAGAUGCUCUCUUAAAACUUUCCAUUAAUGAUGUUUCUGAAGAGGAAUUUAAACAGCUGCUAGACAUAUCAGGACAAUUUACUAAUAUAAUUGACAUGGCAAUCGCUUAUAUUAAAAUUACAAAAUCGAAAAUUAAGGAAUAUUGUUCAUUUGUAUCAUCAUGUAAAGGCACUUUUCGUAUCUCACAUCCAUCACUCAAAAACGAUGCUUGUCUUAAUUCUUUUAUUAUAUAUUGUACCAAUAGAGCAACAAUUUCGACGUGUCUUUUAAACAAUAUUGCAAAUACUGAAGACUUAGGAAGAGAAUUAUUUUAUUUCAUACAUCUUGUUGGGAAUAAAACAUCUACUACUUUUUUUUUAUUUAUUUUAAUUAAGCACGGUUUGUCGGAGGAACAUUCAAAUCAGAUACUCAAUGCCCUAUUAAAUUUAAAAAUUUUAAAAAGCGAGAAUGAAUCAAUUUUUAUAAGUAGCUUUAUCAGAGCCUCAUUAGCUUAUCAAUUUAAAGGUGUUGAAUUUUCUGAUAUUAAAACUGUAAGAGCAUUUAUAGAAGCAUGUUCCCAAUACCUAAAAGAUCGUAACAUACAUGAUUCUGAGUCAACAUUAGUCAUAGAUAUAUAUCGACAUACUUUACAUAAAUUUCAUGAUUUUAUUGAUGUUUUUAAUCAAUCACAUGAGGAUAUAUUUUUUUUCAUGCAUCAUUUAUAUUCAUUAAGCAAUAUAUAUAAUGAUCUAAAAAGAUCUGAUCAAAAAAUUCUUUUGGAGCUAUUGCUUAGCUUGUAUAAUAGGUUUAACUUUGACAAAAAUACCGCAACAUAUGCAGAAAUACUCACUUUACUUGCAUUUUCUGAACGAAAUUCUUCCAAUUACCAUCGACAUUUAGUACUUAUUCAAGAAGCACAUGCCAUCAAAUCCAGGUUAUAUAAAAAUGAUGAUCCAUUAUUCGCAUCAAGUUUGCUUAAUCUUGCAAGAGCUUUUGGUGACAUUAAAAAUAAUGAAAAGCAAAUAGAACUUAGCAAAGAGGGUUUAAAUAUUUUAGAAAAGGAUUAUAAUUCAAACUAUAAUACCCUGGACGCUGACACUCGAGCUAAGAAAGAAGUUGAAAUAAUUAAUGCAUUUAUAAAUUUGUCAGCUGGUUAUUCGCGGGUGAAUAUCACUCACCGCAUAGAGUUACUAGAACGAUGUUUAAAUUUCUAUGAUAGUCAUCAUCUCAAUAGACCAGAUGUUAAAGAAAGAAUACUUUCUUCUCUUGUUAACGCUUACAAUUGUAAAAAUAUGCCAUUAAAAGCAUUGGAAAUAUAUGAACAAUUAGAAAUAUUACAUAAACAGCUAUAUCAAGAAGGAACCCAAGAAUACGCAAGGAAUGUUGGGUAUAAUUUUUUAAAUCAAGGAAUUGCAAUUUCAAAGAGUUCAAUGACUUUUACAACAGACCUUGAUAUUGCUGAUAAAAUGUCAGAAGAAAAGAUCAGUAGGGCUCGCGAAAUUGUCAUAAAAGUACGUCAUGCUAUUAAUAAAGCUAUUCACUUAUUUGCCAAUUUUUAUUCAAAAGAUGAUUACAUUUAUUCUCAAGCAUGCGACGCUUUAUUUCAUAAUGAACGUAUGGAAAAUGAAUUAACAAUGAUGCUAAAGAUGUUUGAAGCUUAUAGACUUUUUAACAACGGAAAUCUUGAUGAGGCGAAACUCAUUUAUUGUGAGAUUUUCGAUUUAACUCUUAAUCAAGGAGUAAAAAGUGGUGCAUUGGUUCACAUGGCAGAUAUUGACUUUAUUAAAAUGAAAGAAAGUAGAGUUAUGUCUCAACAAAUACGAAAUAAUAAUUUUAAACAAUAUAAUCAGGCUAUAGAAAUUCAUGAUUCAGCUUCUGUACAAGUAAAAGUUGCCAUGGCUUGCUUUAUUGACGAUAACCAUGAACAAGCGAUCAUAUAUGCCGAAAAUUCUAUUCAGAAACUACCAGAAAACCCGAUUACUUUUUAUAAAAUGGAUAUUCCUAUACUACCUGUUGUGCUUCAAAUGGCGCUAAUGGAUAGAGAUGAGAUAAAAGAUAUUCCUAUUGAAUUUCUAGCAAAAUACAUCAUAAUUAACAGUAUGAUCUCUUUAGGACAUAUUCAUAGUGGGAUGCAAAAAUUAAAAGAGUUUGCCAUCUUAUUAUCACCAAAUAGCGCAGCCAUCAGUUACCUCCUACUUGGAUUUUGUUACCUGAAGCAAGGAAAUUUGGUAAAUUCAUUACAAGCUUUUGAUUUUGUAAAUCAAAAGGAUCCCGAUCAUAAAGUAGGCCAAAUAGGUUUUGCGUUAACUCAGCUUCUCAUCAAAAUUUAUAAAAAUAUAGACGCUUCAGAUAUGAAUAUUUUUAAAGAAAUUCAAACAGUUAAUAUUAUUUUGUCAAGCUCUGAUUUAACAAAGCAACUUUUCGCACUUGUGAAAUCAGAUUCUCAAAUAGACAUAAAAUCUUUUGUCAGAACUAUUAAUU